UUUUUUUUUUUUAGUCUUUACCUAUAAAGCACGACCGAUAUUUGACUGAGAUGGCCUGGCGUCGAUUUUUCUUUGCCUGGAUUGAUAAGAUAAGGUUAGCAUCAAACCUGAGUUCAUCGACAUGCUUUCUUACUCCUUAAUUGAACGUCUGCUACCUGUUUGAUGAGAUGAUUGAGAGAACUCGUCUCUUAUUGUUGAUUACUCUGUGCACGAAUCCAUACCCUUUUACAUUAAAUCGUUUGCUUUGCUAAUUGCACGCCACGAUCAUUGAUGCAUUGGACUCCGUGUUUGCUUCAAUUCCCCAGUGAACUCCACCAUUCAGUUUUUGAGCGAUUGUGAUGCUUAGAGUUAGCGAGUCCACGUGUCAGCUUAUCUUGCCAAGCUUGCUCACAUUUCCAUGACAUUAUACUGAUGUAAGGAUCAUCUGUGGGACAUGAUGCGUUCCGAGGUUGAAGCACUUGAGGAGAGAUCGAAGUCUUCCUUGGUCCAGCUCCAUGCAGAAUGUGCCAUUCUUGAAAGGAUGGUAUACAAAAACAAGAAUCAGCAUAGGCGUUGCUCUUAUUUCCAGUACCUUUUGAAGGUAAGAAGUGAUCUGAGGCUUUUGCAGUCAGCGAAGCUGGCGAACUUACUGAGUUCUUGCUUUCAAGUGAUAACUGGCAAGAAGCCCAAACAGAAAGUUCAUCUUUUAGAAAGCCUAAAGUGGAGGAAGUCUGAUGUUAGGAAGCCUAAUUUCAUUGAACAACUUCAUGGCGUUGCACGACUACUAUCACAGAUGGUUGAACCAAUGUUGAAGGCAGCAUGCGAGAUAUCGAUCUUACUCGCUCGAUCAUUUUUCAUGGGAUUUUCUAUGACAAUCUUGUCAUUGCUAGCGCGUCUCAGAGUACUAGUUCAACAGAUGUUACUGGAUGUUGUUUCAGUAUUCAACGUUGUUUCUUAUAUUUCACAGAAAAAGCAGUCUGUAAAAUUAACGCAUGAAGGAAUUGAGGUUUUUAGAGAGUUUUAUCCAACACAUCAAGAUUGUAUAAUGCUAGAGUGCGUAUGGAAAAUUGAUAAGUUCAUAUUGCUUGAAAGCACUUGCAAGACUGAGGAUAGCAAUUCGACCGGUGACAGAGAAAUUGCUUUACUAGGGGCACCGGCAAUACAAUACAGAAGCAUCGACUGUUUUCUUGAAGAUGAAUGCGUGUCAAUCCCUCAUGAGGCUCAAAUGGGUAAAGCCAUUGAGCAAGCUCUACUUCGGGUUGAAGAAGAUGGCACUGGAUCUACUCCCAAUGCCUCUAUGCCUAAAGGCCAUGGGUAAUGUCUUGAGUGAGAAGGGGCAUGUGCUAUAACUGCAUGAACCCCUGAGAACAGGUUCUCUGUGGAUGGUCGGUUUCUUCACAUGUUGAACGUAUUCAACUCAACGUGGAGUUGCAACCAGAAUCUCCUGAGUUAUCAGGUACUAGCGGAAUAAUCGAAAAAAUGAUGCUUGCAGGGAGGUGGUAGAGCCAAUGCUCAUUGUAGCUGCUGAAUUUGACAAGAUGUGUUCGAUUUUUUUUUUUUUUGUUUAUCAAAAUGGAUCCAAUGAUGGCUUAGCUUUAUCUAUGACACGAGGUGGAGCCUUUAGAGCCAAAUCUCCUGAGAUUUUGUUGAAAAUUUGCUUCGAGUUUGAGCCCGUUGAAUGAAACCCGGCCAGUGAGAAUGAG